AUGAUGGAACACGUUUUUUACUUGAUUUAUAUUAUACAAAAACAACCAAAUCGUACACAUCGUCCAAGAGCUCAAUCACUACAUGAAUGUUUUCUAAAAGAAGUUUAUACACGUUUAAGUUCUUUACUUAUAUAUGCUAUACCACCAUCGACAUCAUUAACAUCAACAAUGGAAGCAUAUUAUAAAUCUUUACAAAGUUAUGGUGAACAAUUGAUAACAAUGGAUAGUUCAACAAUUUUAAAUGAAUCAUCAAUCAAUAUUGAUCAUCAGUUAUGGUUACAAAAUAUUGAACGUUUAUUUAUGAUAACAGAAGAAUAUAUUCAUAUUGUUGAACAUGAACAUUCACCAACAGCUCAUAUAACACCAUUUCAUGAUUUUAUUGAACAUGAAGGUGUAGAAUUUUUAUUUAAAUUAUUACAAUCAUUAGAUUAUUUUAUACAUGAUGAUUAUCAACAUUCAUUAUGCCGAGAAAUAACAAAAUUAAUAUUACAAUUAAUACAAUUAUUAUUAUGUGGAAAUAAUCAAUCAGAAGAAAUUAUAUUAUCAAGACCAAAUUCAUCAAUAGCUAUAAUAACUAAUGAUAAUGUACUUGAUACAAUUGAUUUUGAUUUUCAAGCAACUGUUGAACAUUUACAACUGCUGCUGGAAAUAUACGUUUACAAGAACAAGCUUUAA